UUCGCGCGCGCGAGCCGGGAGGUUGGGCUUUACUGCCGGGAGCGGCUCGCUGCCGGCUGUUGAGGCCUGCGCCUGCAGCCCGCGCCCGUGCGAGGCGCCUCCGCCACGCCUGCCUGUGCUGCCCUGGAGGCUGCGCCUUCCUGUCCGAGUCUCCUGUGCAUUGCCAGCUAUAUCAUGAACCCCAGUAUGAAGCAGAAACCUGAAGGAGUCCAAGAGAAUGUGAAGAAUAGUCCUGUUCCAAGAAGAACUCUGAAGAUGAUUCAGCCUUCUGCCGCUGGAUCACUUGUUGGAAGAGAAAAUGAGUUGCCUAAGGGCUUAUCCAAACGGAAACAUUGGAAUGACCAGUUAACAUCCAAGACUUCCAGCCCUGGAGCUGUUACUGUCCCAGAACUAAGUGAAAAUAAAAGUCUUGGAGGAGUCACCCAAGAAGCAUUUGAUCUUAUGAUUAAAGGAUCGUUUUCCUUUUGCUGUGAAGCACAUGUAGUUGGACUGACACGCACUAGCUUAGUGUUGCUGGAAAGGCAACUGUUACCAGGAUUGCCACACACAGCGAACUCUGCAGAGAACCAGCUUCAUAAGGAAAUUGAACAAAAGGACAAUGAAAUUGCCCGCCUAAAAAGGGAGAAUAAGGAGUUGGCAGAAGUGGCAGAGCACGUGCACUAUAUGGCAGAGGUGAUAGAGAGACUGAGUAAUGAACCGCUGGAUAACUUUGAAUCACCGGAUAGUCAGGAAUUUGAUUCAGAAGAGGAAGCUGGUGAGGAUUCGGAAGUGGAGGACUCAGAAACUACUGGCACACAUGCUGAAGAGGCUGUCUCCUCCUCCACGGAUGCAGAACCAUGAAAUGACAUCCAUCAACCUUUGACUAUUGAGAAAUACGCUGCCAAGUUUACCUCACUAUAGUUCUUUGUAGCAGAGUAACUACAUAAUUCAAAAAUGAAUCAAACUUCGUGUUUGAGUCCUGGGGCACUAUUAUGGUAUUAAAUACAAAUACUGUGUAUUUUUAAUCUAUGAUAUUGUUUGUAAUUAGCAUUUCAUUUUCUCAGUUGUCCGACAUAACCUGUGUAUAUAUAAUAAAUAAACUUCGGGUUCCUGGUGAACUUUGUAUAUGUUGGAAGAAUGA